GCAGUGACGUGUUUUUAAACAUCAUUUGAAUUCAAACUGCUGACUGAAAGCGUUCAAUCGCGUAUAGUCUCAUUUGAAUGCAUGAUAUGGAUUAAUAUCCUUUUUUUCCGGGGGUGGGGGGGUUCACGCCUCCAAUGCGCCUGGCAGCAGGAUGCGACCAACGGGGGUUGGCGUGCAUGGCGACUGUGGGUGGAGCGUCCGCUUCACAAUCUGGAAUUUGCUAAUUAUUUAUGUGCCAUCUGAGCUCGCACCUGAUUGGCUCAGCGCUGAUGAUGCACGCACAAGGUGGGCGCGGCUAUUGGGAGCGACUAUGAUGACGAUGACGAUGAUGCAAACUGCGAAGAGACCGAUUGUUCAUUGGUGAGGUGGGAAUUUGUAGCCGUGAAGCAAAGAUGAGCUGCAGGUAGGACGACAUGUUGACAACAAGGGCUGUGUGCUGUCACCGCUGGUCAUCUGAGGAGAGGCUGGACAGCAAAACAGCCAUCAUCACUGGAGCCAACACUGGCAUAGGCAAGGAAACAGCGAGAGAUCUGGCAGCAAGAGGUGCCCGCAUCAUCAUGGCAUGCAGGGACCUGGAAAGAGCAAAGGAGGCGAGAUCGGAGAUUUUGGAAGACACUGGUAAUGAGAAUGUGGUUGUCAGGAAACUGGAUCUUUCUGACUGCAGAUCCAUUCGAGCCUUUGCUGAGCUCAUCAAUAAAGAGGAGAAGCAAGUCAAUAUUUUGAUAAACAACGCAGGCAUUAUGAUGUGUCCAUACUCCAAGACCACAGAUGGCUUUGAAAUGCAAUUUGGAGUCAACCAUUUGGGUCACUUCCUGUUGACGUACCUGCUGCUGGACCUGAUCAAAGUUUCAGCUCCGGCUCGCAUCGUUGUGGUGGCAUCGGUGGCUCACACCUGGACUAGCCUUCGAUUGGAUGACCUGAAUAGUGAGAGCAGCUAUGACACCAUGAAGGCGUACGGGCAGAGCAAACUGGCCAAUGUCCUCUUUGCACGAGCCCUUGCCAAAAAGUUAAAAGGAACAGGGGUAAGCGUGUUCUCUCUACACCCCGGUGUAGUGCAGUCGGACCUGUGGAGGCACCAGCAUCAAUGUAUCCAGGUGGCUGUGAAGAUCUUCAGAAUCUUCACAAAGACAACGGUGGAGGGGGCUCAGACCACCAUCUACUGUGCUGUGCAGCCUGGCCUGGAGAGCCAGAGCGGAGCCUACUUCAGCGACUGCGCCCCAGCAAGAUGCUCCAGAAGUGCCUCAGAUGAUGAUUUGGCCCAGGAGCUGUGGGAGAGCAGCUGUAGCAUGCUUGGCAUCACUUGGCAGUGAAUAAUGUAUACAUUACAAUGCUAGGAAGGACUUUGUAUCAUGUUAAGUGUGAAAAGGCAUCAUUCAUAAAGCACUAUUUUGCUAGGGGCAUUAAUCUACACGUACUGUAAGGAUUACCACCAAUUUAUUUUAUAAAGGAUCAGAAGUA